AGAGGGUCACGUGACCAAAACAAACCUUAGUAUGGCGGGAGGAAGGAUCAGCUGUGUCGUGUAUUUCACCAGAUAAUUCUUCCCAUGCCCACUCCCUCCACAUGUACACGCACUCCACUCUGUGUAAAGCUGUCAAUGGUCUACCUGCGAGUAAUUACGUCCUUAAUAAGGGCUGGUGUGCUUUAGGAGGCGAGAAGUGAGUGGGAGUGAAGGUAGACACGUGUGGUGGGGCACCAUGAAUCAGUUCAGCGAGAGUCAGCGGCAGAGAGCUGAGCAGAACCGGCUGAAGGCACUGGAGAUCAGGAAACAGAAACUGGCAGCCCUGGGAACCUCUGGGACCCCACCAUGCACUCCAGGACCUCCAAAAUCCACAGCAACAUCACUAAACUUCAUUCCAUCCCCUCCUAACCCCACAUCUAGGACCUCAUCCACUUCAGCGGUCCCACAAGGAGGUGUAGGAGCCACAAAAUUUUACACUUCAUCCAGCUUGUCAGGAGGCAAUCACUCAACAUUAGGAAGUUCAAAGACACAGCCUACCACACACCCUGGUGACUUGGGAGUGUCUGGGCCGCCUGCCAAGAACCCAAGAAUUGAAGUGCCAAAAUCCACCUCCACUCUUCCUCCUGGUGUACUGAAGAAGAUAGAGGAGAACAAGAGGAAAGCACAGGAGAGACAGGAGGCUCUCAGAAGGGCCAGAGAGCAAGGCAGCAAUGUUCCGCAAGUGUUCACUGCUCCGAAAGGCAUCACUCAGCCCACCAGUAAACCGUCUUCCAGUACCAGUGAUGCCAAGAAUGUAAAUCCAGUUGCAUCGAAAUUCACCACACAUGUCACCGUCAGCUUCGUGUUAUCCUCCAUCAACACCUUCCGUGCCAGCACCACCAUGUACCACGCCGCCACCAUCCAGGUCUUCAAAACUAUGACUUCCAGGAGCUAUGAUUACAACAAAAAAUUAUGGACCUUCCAGAUUAGCGAGCACAGGAAGUUGGUGGCAGCACUGAGGCCUCUGCAUCCUGAAGUGGAGGUGCAGCCCUUGCCUCAGUUUGUCCUGACGGCUGUGGAGGCUGCUGCGAAGAAAGUACCAGCUGAUUACAUUGAUCUCUUUGGGUUGGACUCGAGGCUGCUGGACGCCCUUAUGCCCUUCCAGACGGAGGGUGUCAAGUUUGGCAUCAGUCUUGGUGGCCGGGUGAUGCUGGCGGAUGACAUGGGGCUGGGCAAGACCAUCCAGGCACUGGGCAUUGCUUGUCACUACCGCUCUGAGUGGCCACUGCUAGUGGUCACACCCUCCUCCAUGAGGUACUCGUGGGAGGAGAGCAUCCUGCGGUGGGUGAGCUCAGUGAGUGGACAAGACGUGCAGGUCAUGAGCACUGGGGGUGACAACUUCCGGGAAGCCAAGGUGGUGGUGACCACCUAUGACCUCCUCUCCCGCAAGGCUGAGCUCAUGCUGCACCACAACUUUGGGGUCGUCAUCUUUGAUGAGUCUCACAUGAUCAAGAGCUACAAGUCAGCGCGCUACAAGGCCGCUGCUCCACUCAUGAAGAAGCUGAAGCGUGUCAUCAUGCUGACUGGCACGCCGGCAAUGUCCAGACCCUUGGAGCUGUACACACAGAUCAGCGGCAUUGACCCUUCGCUGUUCCCUCACUUCCAUGAUUUUGGAGUUCGGUACUGUGAAGGGAGGAAAGAGGCGUGGGGCUGGACGUUCCGAGGCAGCAGCAAUACAGAGGAGCUACAGAUCAUCCUGCAGUCCUGUGUACUGAUACGAAGGCUCAAGUCAGAAGUUCUCUCUCAGCUGCCUCCCAAACAGAGAAUGACUGUGGUGCUGGAUCCAGGACUCAUCAAGAACAAGAAGAUCUUUGAAGGCAUGGGUCACAAGAUUCAGAGCUUGUCACGGGUGGAGAGUGGUGACUGCCUGCAGAUGUUUGCCAAGACUGCUGAGAUGAAGGCAAAUGCAGUGCGGGAGUACCUGAGGGAGGUGCUGGAGUCUGACAAGAAGUUCCUCGUGUUCGCCCACCACAUGGUGAUGCUGAGUACCAUCUGCUCCCUGUGCGAGGAGACCAAGACCAAGUAUAUCCGCAUUGAUGGAAAUACGUCAGCUGAGGAGAGGAUGGCCCGCACCUCCAAGUUCCAGAACCAGGAGGAGGUGAAGGUGGCAGUUCUGUCCAUCACUGCAGCAAACACUGGCCUCACCCUCACUGCCGCCCAGCUUGUCAUAUUUGCCGAGCUGUACUGGAAUCCCGGGAUUUUAGUGCAGGCUGAGGACCGAGCACACAGGAUAGGGCAGGAGGACAGUGUGAUGGUGCAGUAUUUGGUGGCCAGAACGACGGCAGAUGACCACAUCUGGCCGCUGAUACAGAACAAGUUGGAGGUGCUGGGGAAGGUGGGGCUUUCUAAUGACCAGCUCAACGAGGCUAAGACGUCGUAUCAGAAGUGUGCGGCUGAACCAGAUAUCAGGGACUUUCUACACAACACAGGCAAGCAGGAAUCUCCAAGAAAAUCUGCUGCCGCUCCAGACAUCAGAAGCUUCCUGAAGCCUCAGAACCAGGCAGAGAAUUCAGACCCAAAUUGGAAUGCCUGAUCUCACCUAACACCAGUUUGGGCUGGAGUGGAAGAAGGAUUUAGAACCAUAUUUCAGGUUCAUAUUACACUUUUUCUCUUUUCCGUUUUUACAUCCAGUCCCCCAACCAAUCUUUAAUAAGUUUAUAAUAGGAGCAUCCCAGCCAGUCAUACGGGAAAAAUAGAUAAUGAUCUGUUCCUUCUUCCUUUGCCCUUCAAGGAUCGAGAAAGGGAAAUGUUUUGCUGUACCUGUGUGUUUACUUCACGUGAGUAACUAAUGAGUCUUUGGGAUACACCGCUGAAUGCACCUUAUGUAAACUAUGGUGUGGUGUGGUGUGGUGGUGAAGGCUGUGUAGUAAGGGUGGUAUGAUUUGAAUGUGUUUUGUAUGGGAUUGCACAUAUGGGAUUUUUCAGCCUUGUGCACAGAUAGAAAGAAACACCCUUAGGAUCCUAACUUAUGUGUGUCUGUGGCCUUUUAAAACACUCCUUAUGAGGGAGGAAGAAUAAUUAUAUGUGCAUGGAUCAUAAUUGAAAAGUCUUAAUCAGUUCAUUCCUGAGGUUUCUGUUGUUAUAUAGCACAGGAAAAAGAAGUGUGAAUUUUUAUCUUACAGUAUAAAUCAGUUUCCAAAAAGUUAAUGUUUCAGGUUUCUAAGUAAAAUUGGAAAACUCUUGAUCAGUGAAUUCCUCAAGUUUUUGUUAUAUAUGCACAAGAAACAGAAUUGUGCCUUUAUUUUACAACAAAUAAAUUUAUAGAAAAGUU